UUGACCCUUUGACUCUCUUCUCUUAAACCCCUUCCCCCCCCCACCAUUCCCUCUCACACGCAGAAGAGAGAGAAACACUGUGCAUAGUAGAGAGAGAAAGAGGCAAAGGGAAGUUUCUAGACUGAGCGAGACAGAGCUCCGAUCGACAAUGGAGGAGUCGAUGAGGGAUUGCCUCCGGAAGCUGGCCUUAUGGCACACCCGCACCUUCAGGCCCAUCACCACCCACGACGAGCUCGACCUCAUCAUGUCCACCCUCGGCUUCGUCGGCCUCCCCCCUUCCUCCCCCUCCGCUCUCUCCUCCACCGCCUGGAAGGAGUACGCCUACUCCGCUCAGUGGCGCCGCCGCCGACACUCCGGUCACCACCACCACCACGCCCCCCCGUCUCCACCGCGGCCUCGGCUGCCAUACCCGAGGAUCGACGGCCUCCACAGCUACACCUACCAGGCCUUCAUCGACGCCGUCAACUUCUACCUCGAGAUGCCGGACAUUUCCCUCCUCUUCCACAUCAGGGGGAUGCCGCUUCAGAGGGUUGAGAUGUACAAGAAGUGGAGGAGGAUGCAGGAGGACGAGAGCGUGUUCGUGUACCGGGAAGGGACCCUUGACCAGUCCACCUACCACCUCUACCACCGUGUGGAUGGCAGCAAGCAACAACACCACGGCAGCUCUACCCCGGGCAGCGGAUCCCUCAUCCUUCGCCGUGACAAGGGUGCUGCUAACAGCACCGCUCCCCCACCCGACUGCGUUGUCCCUCUGAAAGACAUCAUAGUGGUCUGACCGACGUCCUGAACUGAGAGACAUGAUUCGGUUCUUGGUGUUUUCAGUCCGUAGGCUCUGCGGAUGCAGUUUUGACAGGGAUGAAUUCUUAGGUGUUUGUAAUAACAGUUGUGGUUCGAUCCAUCAACCGACAGUCACAUGUUGCAUUCAAUUGAAGUUUUGAUUUCUAUUCCA